GGCCACGGUGUUCUCCUAUAGACGUGUCGUAUUCUGUUAUUGAGGAAAAACACAGCGCUGUUUUUUCUGCUACUUCUCUAUCCAACCGACAUUAAUUAACCGACAUAUUAAUAGAGACAGACAGAACAAUGGCAGAGCCCAGCAGGCAGGAUAUCGCAGCUAUUUUCAAGCGACUUCGCUCCAUUCCUACCAACAAGGUUUGCUUUGACUGCUCAGCUAAAAACCCCAGUUGGGCCAGCAUCACCUACGGCGUGUUCCUGUGUAUAGACUGCUCUGGGACUCACAGGUCUCUGGGGGUUCACCUGAGCUUCAUCAGGUCCACUGAGCUGGAUUUCAAUUGGUCGUGGUUUCAGCUAAGAUGUAUGCAAGUGGGAGGCAAUGCCACUGCGAUUUCCUUUUUCAGUCAACAUGGUUGCACAACCAGCGCCGCCAACACCAAGUACAACAGCCGAGCCGCUCAGCAGUACAGGGAGAAGAUGAAGACUUUAGCCACACAAGCCACCAGAAGACACGGCACAGAGUUGUGGCUGGACAGUCAGGCUCCUCUCUCCCCAACAGCACCAGAAGACAAGCAGGUGGAUUUCUUCAGUCUGCACUCACAGGGUCCUGCUGAUAUUAUGAACACGCCCAAAAUGAAUCUCAGCCUCUCCACACCACCAGAAAAGCCUUUAAGCCGGGAAAAGGAGAAAGACGAUGAUGGUCAUCUAGAUGAAGGUCCUAGUGUCGAUAUGCUGAGUGUUUCUCCAAAACAAAAUCAAGAGCCUUCCUCUCUUCUCAAGAAGAAGCCAACUGCUGCCAAGAAAUCACUGGCCUCUAAGAAGGGUGGUCUGGGCGCUCAGAAGGUGAGCAGUAAGAGUUUCUCAGACCUGGAGAAGAAAGCUCAAGCUGCAGACAAACUGAGGGAGAAAGACGAGGGCACCGGUGCUGCCAAGAAGAACUAUCAACCCGAGGAAUCCAUCGUUCCAUCGCUGCGACUGGCCUGUAAAGAUCUGGAGCAGCAGAGGAAAAUGGAGGAGAAGAUGUUUAAAGGAUUGGAGGGGAAUAAGAAAGAGCAAGCAGAAAGGCUGGGCAUGGGGAUGGGCAUGAGGAAUGCAGUGUCUCACUCUGUGACCUCGGACAUGCACAUCAUCCAGCAGGAGAGUCCCCAGGGGGCCAAGACCUCCAAAGGACGCCGCUUCACUGAGGAAGAGGAGGACGGAGGGUCCUUCAGCUCUAGGGUUAUGUCUCGGUUUGAGGAGACGGAGACCUCAGAUAAUUACUCCUCGGGUUGGAACGAUAAAGGUGACGGAGGAGGCUGGAUGAAGGAGAGCAAGAAACCAGAACCGGACUUCUUACUGACCUCCGCCAUUACAUCGCUGAACGACAGGCCAACGUCCAGAAGGAAACCAGAAGCAAUGCCGGUGUCAGACUCCGGAGAAGCUCAGAAAAAGUUUGGCGUUGAGGUGAAAGCCAUCUCCUCCGACAUGUACUUUGGAAAACAAGAUAACAACGAGUACGAGGCCAAAACUCGACUGGAGAGAUAUGCUGGCAGUGCCUCUAUAAGCUCAGCAGACCUUUUUGAUGAUCCAAAGAAACAAGCUGCGAGUUCCUACCGCAUGACCAACGUUCUGCCCAACGCUCCCGACAUGUCGCAGCUCAAACUGGGAGUGCGCUCAGUCGCAGGAAAACUCUCCGUCAUGGCCAGCGGCGUUGUUAGCUCCAUUCAGGAUCACUACAGUUCUUGAGCCACGGCGCGUCUCCUUGGAGUUGUUGAUGAAAUACGUUUCCUGUGGUCACUCAUCCUGGGAAAACAUGUGCCCCCUUGAUGGCAUCGAAAUCAACCCCCCGAAAAAACCCUCUAUACAUCUAUAUCUAGUUUUUUACGAGAUAAUGUAUAUAGAAUUAUGAGGAUCGAGGGGAUCAAGCACAAUCUUUUUUGAGUGGAAUUGUGUUCCCUUGAAGGAAGAUCUCUGUGUAAUGUUGAGUUAUGAAGAAUAUUUAGUUUGGGGUUAAUGCACCGUUUGAGGUAUUGGGGUUUAAAUAUUUAGAAGUAUUAUAUGUAGCAGAGGGUUUAUGGUGUUUUGAAGUAUGGAUUUUUGAUUCCUUUAUUUGACUGGUUGAAAGAAAAAGAAAGCUUAGUAAUGAGGACAAUUCAGUUUUCUUUUGUUUUUUUUAAUUGGUUAACAUCAACACAUGUAUUGUGCAUUUUUGCACUUUCCCACAAUUUUGAAAGUGUCCUUUUCCGUCCUCAAAGUGCUCUUAUGUGUGCUCCUCCACAGACAGGCCCUUUGGUUUUAAUUUGUUUCUGCUUUUUCUUGGUAUUGUGUUUACACCGCUGCUAUGACUGUCUAUGCUGCCUCCUUUUGGUUUCAAUAAACAUUUAAUGGCACACAUCUAAGAAGACACUCUUGAAGGCUGUAUUUCCCCUUAUGCUUUUUUGUAGCUCCAAUGUACAGCAACGUUAGGCAUCCCUUUUUAAAUCCUUCAUCUUUUUGUUGCUGUAACAUCCUGCCAGGUUCGUUACCAAGUUGGUAAUUUGGCAAACAUAGCACUACAUGUACGCUGUAGUCUGACUUUGGAUUUUGAGGCGCUAGAGAAGCAUUUAUUCAUGGCUCUGAUAUGAAAUACUACGGCUCUUGCUUUUAUGAUUUAGGGAUAAGUGCUUUAUCUGGAACUGGAUUAUCAUAUUACUGAUCUCUGUACUGUUAAUGCUUCUCAGGAGUUUGAAUUGAGUUGUUAAGUAUGAAACACUAUAAGAGAAAGUUGUAGAUCCUUCAGUGACCAAAUAUUUGUUUACUCUAUCACUGUAAGCCUUAGUCCAAAGAUCCUCACAACACACGCUCAUACUCCAAUAUUUUGGAGUCAUCUGGUUACCUUGUUUGCACCUUGUUUGUUAGAGACUGCAUGUGGCAGCUUGUGCUUGAAUGUGCUGUUCUACAAUUGAAUCCUUGCUUAUAAGUUGAAAUUGCGUCCAUGUGAGACUUUAGUUUGGUUGAUCUUUGUAAUAUUCCUUUCUGUCUUCUGCUGUUGAAUAUUGUUAAAUGUCAGGAAUAGUAAAAUUGCAUGACCGUUAAGGACCCGCUGACACAUCCUGAGACCCACUUAUUAAUAAUGAAAAAACAUUGUUCUAUAAAACUGUAUAGUAGUGCUACAAACCACGCUGUAUAGGGCUUUGACUUUCCAUUUAUAGGACGCUACAGAUAAUCAUGUUUUGACAUAUUUUGACACUCAAAAUGUAAGUAGGAUUUAUUGAAACAUGCCAAAUAAAUGGCUUGUGCCGAAGCCUUAAAACCUG